AUGAGGAAUGUGAAAGCGAAAAUGGGGACACACCAAGUGGAGCAACGUGUUUCUAUGUACCGCGGCGGCAACAGCAAUCGCCUAUCCCGCCGCCUCGCUGAUUCGGCCUCAUCCACCUGGGCAUCAUUGCACACAGAUCUGCUCGACCUGAUCGCCAGCCGGGUUCUUGCCGGUGACCUGCUGGAUUAUGUCCGGUUCCGCGCUGUGUGCUUGCGGUGGCGUGCUGAAACUCCUUCUCCUCGUGGUCGAGGUGUGGUUGACCCGUGCUUCCACCCACGCCAAUGGAUGAUGUUUCCAGAGGGUGGUGGGCUAUACCCAGGCCACCCUGCAUUACUUGGCUAUGUCCGCUUCUUCAACAUCUCCACUGGCACCUUCGUUCGUGUCCGCCUCCCAUGCUUCAGAAACCACUCUGUGCUUGACUGCCCCAACGGCCUUCUCCUCCUGCAGCACAACGAGAGUACUGCCAUCCGCCUCCUCCACCCCUUCACUGGCGACGUCAUCUUGUUGCCGCCCCUUUUCUCCAUCUUCCCUCAGCUGGCCAAGCUGGGGUGUUUCGUGAGCGAAUAUGACAAGAUACAGAACCUACGGUUUGUCUACGCGUCUGUCUCCGUCAAUCUGGGUGGCACUGUUACUAUCAUGCUCGCGCUCAGCAACCUCGACCGCGUGGCCUACGCAUCCAGCGGUGACCGCCACUGGACUCCAUCAAGUUGGACGAUGGGACACUUUUUCUCAGCACUGCCAUUCGGUGGCAGCCUCUAUGCAGUGAAUAGGGGAGAGGGUCUCAAUCCAUGGCGUGUCCUGCGCAUCGAUCCUCCAGAAGAGUCCAACCCCUCCUCAUGGUCACUAGUACCACCACAAACGGUCGCCACAUUUCCAGUCGAGCAACUGAGUCAUCCUGAACUGGUGGAGUGCAAUGCUGAGCUUCUUCUGGUUGGCUCUGCCAAUGAAUACUCGCAGGUUGUGGUUUUUCGGGUUGCUGACCUCAUCCGUGGAGUCCCUGCCGUGCCACUGGCGAGCAUCGGUGACCAAGCCCUCUUCAUUGGCGGAUCAAACAUGGCCGUAAACUCCAAGAACCUGCCAUCCAUCUUGGGGAACUCGAUCGCCAUUCUCAAUGACAUAUGUGGUGGCAUUGUGGGAAGGGGAACUCUGCCGCUAUAUGAUCUGGGCAGCGGUACCUGGUCGCAGGUGUUCGACGGGCACUUCCUCGAUGGCCCCAUCCCUAGGCCGUACAGUCUUGCCCUCCACAUCGCAACCUGCUGCAAGCGCCUUUUCUGGAACAGUGGGGAUGUCUUCUGCUGCAAACCAGACGGACAUUAAGAGUUCAGUUGUUUUUGUAAAGAAAAGCAGUUAUUUCCUUUUCUGAUGGCUACACCUGAAAGAGUCUUUGCUAUGUAGGUUAGCCCGUAGGUUUAUCUGCAACUACCAAAUAGAUCUGGUUUGAUGUAGUUCAGUCCAGGAUGCACUUCUGUCCCAAAAUUGUUGUGCGUCGUUCAGAUUGGAGACCAUGCUUUUGUUUAGCCACAAUUGUGUGACCUUCAGAAGCAUGCAUGGAGAUAUAUGCACUUUGAGAAACUAUAAGAUAUGUAUUCUUCCUGUUAAGCUGAGUAUCAGAUUAGAAUGUAGCUUCAUUCAGUGGACUUGAAACUUUAUCACUAAUACUGUAUUAGAAUUGUUGCUAUUUGUUUUCUGGAGGACUAAAGUUCA